AUGGCUUCGGACGUCAACACAGACAGCCCCGUUGCAAAGGAGCUGAAGCCCGAUGCAAGGGGGAAGCCAGCUGGGGGGGGCGAGUUCAUGCAUCCCACAAAGGACUUGAGCUCAGCGACUAAGGUGCUCAGGAGCUCGCAAAAGAAAGUUUCACAUUGCACGACCAGUGAGGAGGAAGAAUGGAGCAAGACUUACGCCAAAGCGGCAUCGGUGCACUGA